AUGGUCAAAACGUCUGUCCUCAACGACGCCCUUAAGAGCAUCAACAAUGCCGAAAAGGCCGGCAAGCGUCAGGUCCUGAUCAGACCCAGCUCCAAGGUCAUCAUCAAGUUCCUGUCUGUCAUGCAGAAGCACGGCUACAUUGGCGAAUACGAGGAAGUCGAUGAUCACCGAAGCGGCAAGGUUGUCAUCCAACUCAAUGGCCGUCUCAACAAGACUGGUGUCAUCUCUCCUCGCUACAACGUCCAACUCCGAGACCUCGAGAAGUGGGUUGUCAAAUUAUUACCAUCUCGUCAAUUUGGCUACAUUGUCCUGACUACCAGCGCUGGUAUCAUGGACCAUGAGGAGGCCAGAAGAAAACAUGUGGCUGGAAAGGUCAUUGGCUUCUUCUACUAG